AUGUCAACAGAAGAAAAAGUGAAAGUGAUAAUCGUAUCAGCGGCACUACAAGGCCACAUUAAUCCCUCGGUAAGGUUUGCAACGCGCCUUAUUUCAAAGGGUGUUCAUGUCACUAUAGUCACCACAGAAUUGGCUCGUGACCGCUUGCUCAAGAAUAAUGUCUCCACUACCGCAAAUCCAAAUUCCCAGAACCAAGAAAUACAAUUCGAGUUCUUCUCUGAUGGUCUUAGCCUUGACUUUGAUCGUGACAAAGACAUGAAAACCUUUAUCAGUUCCCUUCAUACAAUAGGUUCCAAAAACCUUUCGAGUCUCAUAACAAACCUCACCAAAUGCCAAAACUAUUCUUGUUUAAUUGUUGAUCCUCUUCUCCAUUCAGCUAUUGAUAUUGCUGCUGAUCUUGGCAUCCCUUCUGCAUUGCUUUGGAUGCAACCUUGUGCGUUGUAUUCAAUUUCUUAUCGCUACUUCAAGAAUAUAGAUUCAUUUCCUAAUUUAGAGGAUCCAAAUGAGAAAGUGCAAUUGCCUGGAUUGCCAGUGCUGGAGGUCAGACAUCUUCCUUCAUAUAUGCUUCCUUCCACCCCUUUGCAUAUUAGACAAGUUAUGGUGGAUACAUGUCAAGUUUGGGACAAGGUGAAAUGGGUUUUUGCUAUAUCGUUUUAUGAGUUGGAGGAAGAGAUAGUGGACUCUAUGAAUUCUCUAUCUCCAAUUUACCCUAUUGGACCCUUGGUUUCAGAAUUUCUGUUGGGAGAAAAGGAACAAAAGGCUGUCAGUAUGAAUAUGUGGAAUGUUGAUGGUUCAUGCCUUGAGUGGCUUGACAGUAAGCCAUCUUCCUCAGUUAUUUAUAUCUCUUUUGGUAGUGUCAUUGUUUUGUCACAAAAGCAAGUGGACAACAUAGCCACGGCUUUGAAGAAUAGCAACAAAGCUUUUUUGUGGGUGAUUAAGCCAGCGGAGAAAGGUUCUGAGAAUGAUGCUGCUAAAUUGCCAAGUGGGUUUUUGGAAGAAACAAAGGGGAGGGGUUUGGUGGUCACAUGGUGCCAGCAAGAGAAAGUGCUAAUGCACCCUUCAGUGGCUUGCUUUGUGACUCACUGUGGUUGGAACUCAAUGCUAGAAACAGUGACUGCUGGUGUGCCCGUUAUUGCUUAUCCAAAAUGGUUGGAUCAGCCAACAAAUGCAAAGAUUAUAGUGCAAAAAUUUCAAAAUGGAGUUGUGUUGAACAGUGGGGAAGAUGGGAUUGCCAGCGUAGAAGAGAUAGAAAGGUGCAUUAAGGAAGUGAUGGAGGAGCCAAGUGCUAAGGAAAUAAAAAAUAGGGCAAUUGAAUUGAAAGCGGGAGCAAGGAAAGCCUUAGAUGAAGGCGGUUCUUCUGAUAAGAACAUUAAUCAUUUUAUCAAUGACUUGAAGAAUGUUACCAAUUUUAAUUAG